CGUCCUUAGUAACCCGCCCCGCCUCCUCCAGUCCCACGUGGUGUUUCGGAAGCCAAGUCGCCCACUGAUUACGUCAUCAGAAUACUAUCUGCUCGUGGUUUUUGUUUUAUAUACAAUUUUCCCAUCGUUCGUUCAAAGUACACACUUCCAGUUGCUGCGGCUGCCAUGGAGCAGUUCGGGGGCCCACAGAGAGUGUUGUCUUACCUGCAGGAGGUGGAGGGGAGAGCGGAGGAUGUGCUGGGGAACCGGCGGCAGAUUGUGGAUUUGGAUAUGAAGAGGAACCAGAACAGAGAAGCCCUGAGGGCCCUCAGCAAGGACCACUCUCCAACAGGAAGGGUAACUGUCUGCUUCGGGAACAUGUUCAUAGAGCUCCCAAAGAGCAAGACCAAGGAGAUCAUAGAGCGAGACCAGGAGCAGCUGGAUAAAGAGAUUUCAGGGCUCCGCAAGGAGCUUAAAGUGAAGGUGAAAGAGCUGUAUGAGGCCCAAGGAAAGCCUGAGCUAAAAGGCUAUGACCUGAUGGCACUCUCCCCAGAAGAGAUGAAAUCGAUUAACAAGGCGCUGGGAAAAUGACUCUGCUAGAUAACAACACACAGGGCAGUUCAUCCUUUUCUUGGGCCCUUACAGGAAGGAGCUUUAAUUCCAUACCACUGAUCCAUCUAUAUCAAAUAAAUGAACUUAUAGUUUAA